GUAGAGUGAUACAGAUCUUGGCAGAAAGUAAAUUAUUCUAGCUAUACUAUACUAUACACUUGAUUAUAUUUUAAGGUAGGUAACUGAUACGAAACAUGGCUGAAUCUAAGAAGAGAUGUUGGCAGUACAGUAUUGAUUAUUUGAAAUUUGGUUUUCUUCCAUCAAAGGCAGAUAAACAAUUACCGACAUGCCUUUUAUGCAACAAAGUUUUGAGCAAUGACUCUAUGAAACCAUCGAAGCUCGAAGACCAUCUAAGAAGGUGUCAUCCUGAUAAAAUAGGUAAAGAUAUAAAAUAUUUUCAAACAUUGAAAGAAAAAUAUGAAAAGAAACCUACCGUGCACAGUAUGUUCGCUUCAACGUCUCAAAGUAACGAUGAUGGCUUGCGGGCAUCUUACAAUAUCUCAUUACUUAUUGCGAAAUCUGGGAACCGCACACCAUCGGAGAACAGUUAAUUUUACCAGCUGUUGAAGAGGUUUUAAAAACUGUUCUGCACAUGACUUCACGUAACGUACUUAGAAGAACUCCUUUAAGUAACAAUACUGUACAAAGACGUAUUGAUGAAAUGAGCUCUGAUAUUGAAAGUUUCUUGUGUAUCUACACUCAAGUAUCUACAAACAACUCAUUUUUCUAUUCAACUGGACGAGUUAACUUUAUUUGGUAAUGAAGCAUUUAUUGGCAUAUGUUCGAUUUAUUCUGGACGAAGAAAUCCAUGAAGAGCUGCCCCUGUACAUAAGAGGUUUAAGGUCCUACUUCUGUUGCGUCAUAAAUUAUGAAAAAAAUUCGUUUAUUUCGUGGACAGACACACAUUGAUCGGCAAUGCUAUUCUGCAAUAACACAACGUCGAUCACAACGAUUAAAUAAUGUCCAGAUUUCGUAACCCAAAAUAAAAACGUUUUAAAGUCAGCUUUAUUUGAUUGAACUUCUGGUGCUUCGACAGCGCUACUUCAACGCUAUAUUUGUAACAGAAUGUUGAUGCCAUCAACAGCAUUCACAAUGAUUAAAGUUGUUAUAAAAAUCAAUGUUGCAAUCUGUAUGUCACACAAUUAACGACGAUUUAUGAAUGAACAAAGAGGAAAAGCGGGUCACGGGCGAAACAGUCCCACGGGUUUCCAUACCAUUUGUUAUGAAUAGCAAACGGAAAACUAUCGUAUACAUAACAACGAACUUAUUAAUUAAAUCAAAUCAAAUCAAAAAUAUACUAUUUAUAAGAUUUUAAUUAGUGACAAAAACUAGAAAAGCGGUCAAACACUUCUUUCCGAUGGUGAAUUUAAAUAAUAACUAAAAAAAUUAUAUCGAUUUGUAUCUUGGCCACCAAGACGAACCAACAACAAAACGCAUAAGGGCACUACCUACUUUUUCUCAAAACGUUUCAUCGGAUUUUUGGACCCUCAUUACUUGUGUUGGGAUUAUACUAGAUACAUCAAAUUUUCGCGAUGCAAUUCCAGUAACGUACUUAUAAGCAUAUAAAGUUCCAACUAUAUAGCUAUUAUACUUUUGAUUUUAUUCAUGUGGAAAUAAACCCUAUUUCGGUAUACAUCGCUCAUGAUAUAUAGGGUACUUUCUAUAGGAAUUGAUGAUCCUUAGUUCUCAAAUAACAGAAAAAAAAUCUGAAACUGGAACUUUCAUCCUCCAUCUUCUUAAUCCUUUAUUCCAUACAGUGAUUCUUACAAUCGAUGAAUAAUUGUAGAAACUCAGGAAAUCAACACCUAGGAUUGGUCUGUCAGAACCUGUAUUUACAAGGAACUGCAUCUUGGUUGUCCGUCUGGCCGCUGAUUUCGACUGCCCAGUGCGUUUUUCGUCGACUGGAAAUUAUAUGGCUUCCUACACUUCUUGGCUUGAGAACCAAAAGUGUAAUGAUAAAAGCAAUGUGGAUGAUCUGGCGGAGUUUGACGAGGUCGUGAACUUGAACGGCUACAAGAACGAUAAUUUCUGCGAUACCUUCCAGAACGUUCCAAAGUCGCAUCUUUGUCAAUUGACAAAAAUGCGACUUGUUUAGUGAGCUCGCUGAUUCGAUUAUUUCAUCAUCAUUAUCAUCAUCAUCACCAGCUCUUUUACGUCCCCACUGCAGGGGCUCAGGCCUUCCUUAUGGAUGGUUAAGGAGGAUGGGCCGAUUCAUUUAUUUAAUUCUUUGUAUUAAGGAUUCAUAGGAUUUGAUGCACAACUUGAUGAAGUAAGUGAAUUGGAUUCGACUUGAACAUUGGACAGGGCGAUUUCAUAAAUUUUGUCAGUGAGAUCAGCUAGUUUGUUCAAUGAUAGGUUAGUUUGAGAAGCGAUGACAGUCUGGAUAUUUGUCAGAAAUCAGGGGGUUUUUAUUUUGACGUCCCUCAUUUAUCUGGCAUAAAGUAUAUCUAAAUAUUACCAGAUAAUUGGACUUCGUUUCAUUGGUAGUUAUUCGGUAUAAAAUAAAUUGUUGCUCCAAUGGAGAAAACUGGCUUAUCGGGUCAAAAUGGUGGUAUCCGAAUACGAACACGGUGAAUUUCAUUGCACAAUGUACAAUGAUAUUACAAUAAAAAAAGGGUAGAUAGGUUACUUGAAUUCAAAAAGUGUCACCUUAAAACUAUGAUAAUUAGCAAACCUGAGCACAGUCUGGCGAAAUCGUUGGUUGUUGAUUGUAUCAUAAUAAUUUUUAAAAUAUCAUGUGUAUUAUGUGAAACUGUAGAAACAACAUAAGUAAGUCAUCUAAAGACCAAGCGGUCACAUUUCAUUCGUAAGUAUACAUUUUGAAUUAAUUUGCGUUUUAAUAAAAAAAAAAUAAUGUGUCCUAAAAAGGAAGAAUAAUACUCCGGUUACAAAUUAUGAAAAAGUUCUGUCAAAGAUUGUAUAAAAAAUACAAAGCUUUCAUAAUAUGCUUGAUGUUGCCAAAAUCCAAAAUAUAUAAUUUUGUUUCUCGUAAGAUUAUUAAUCAUCAUUGAUCGUAGUUAUAGGUUAGGUCAGAUUAUAAUGAUCUUUGUAAGAUUAAAUGAUAAUGCUUACAAUUUAACGUAGACAUAUAAUCUAUCUAUGAUUAUUUUGUUUUAGAAAUUUACAGAAAAUAUCAGGUAAAUGCUUCGAUUUUCUAGGCAUUUUUAUGAAUCGAUCUAGUCUAAUAGAUAGAAAAAACUAUUACCUAAUUAAUGAAAAGGUUAAGCUUGUCUGAUUAAUAUAAAAAAAGACACAAAAUUGACAUUGAAUCGUCGCGUCUAACCUCGAAAGUGAUUGUUAUUCUAUAUUUACGGUCUGAGAAAAUUAAGGUGAAGUAAUUAGUGAGAAAUGAAGAUAUCACAAAUUCUAUAUAAUUUAUUUUACCUCGUAUAACCUCGUUUACCAGAGUUUUGGUGAAUUUCAAUAACAUAAAGAAUUCAAAACUAUAGUAAUUUUAAACGAAUAGUUGUCUAUAUAAAGGCAUUAAAUAAUAUUUAUUAAAAAACUCUACUGAUGUAGAAAAAGUCAACAAAAUGCAGCUGUUUCAAUGUAAAACAAGGCCAAUGAAACACAAUCACAUAUUGUAUUAUUAAAAUCAAAUUAUAUAAAUAUCUGUCAGAGCCAAUAAAAUAGGUUGUAGGUUAAUUAAUUAAAUGAUAAGCGUCCAACUUCGAUUGCAUUUUCUUGAAGCAGUCGCUUUUGAGAUAAGUAUUAUUAAAGCUUUUUAAAAGUUUUAGUCGAUUCUAUUUUUUUAGUUUUUGUUUCAUGGUUUUUAAACGAUAUUGAUAUUUUAAAUUAAAUACUAACUUUCCGCCAAUGGAUUCACCCUCAUGGUCCCUAGGGAACAGUUAAAUUGUAUAUAUUUUCUGUGUGAUUUAUAAUUUGUAAUCUUUGCCCUAAAAGACGAUAAAACAUAAAUUGUUGUGAUCUCAUUAGAUAUUGCAGUUAUUUGCUUUCUUUUU